GCUGUAUUCAAUUAAUUUGUCCAAUUGAACUAUGUCCUUCUUUCACCGGGCAAAGGUGCUUUAUUAUCCACUCGUUCGUCCGCCACUCACGCUUCACCUCAGCUUAACUAAUCAAAUCCCUAUUGCCGAGACCCAAAGACCCAAAAAAAAAAAAGUUUGAUACACAAACAUGCCGCCGAGAUCCACCUCGAGAUUCUUGGUGCUCUGGGUGGUUCUACCCGUCCUCGUGUGCUACCUCGCGUACUCGUACAUGAACGCGUUUGACUCCCUAGGCUCGCCUGUGCGGUCCCGCGUCCAAUGGCUGUUGACGCGUCAACACGCGUCUGACCCUAGCAGUACUCUCCAAACUGAGACACGACGUGUCUCAACCGAAUCGCUGCAAGCGACCUUGUCCUCGUCCGCCUAUGCCCCUGGUAAAAACCGCUACUGCCAUAAGGAUGCAGAUCUCGCUUGCCAUCGAGUGAUUCUGAUGACAAGAGGAGCUUAGAGAUUAGCACGUGUCAACACUCUCAUCCUCAGCGGUUCCGAGCGGUUGAUUCAUCAUAAACCUCUUCAUUCCUUCUCAUCAUAACACAAUUCUACAGCGGACACC